CGCUGCUACAACAUGCCCUCUUGCGUCCAAAAGACCACCUUCAAAGACAACCCGGAGCUUCAGAUUGAGAUAGGAGAAUAGGGACUCGCUUCUCCAGGCAUUUUCAAGAUUCGUGCAAACGGUGAAGAGAUUGAGGUGCCAGCGGGUCCCUAAGCCCAGAGGGUGACCGCCGGAGGAGUCAAGCACAAUGUCCUUGUCUGGCGCCAGGGAGAAUGUCUCAGGAUUCUGGGCUCUCAAGGUCUUGUGGAAAGUCUGGCGCCAGGGAGAAUGUCUCAGGGGGCUCUCAAGGUCUUUUGCUCCAGCACUGCAAGAUUCGCUUCGACGUGUGGGCCAACCCUAAUAUUCAUUCUGAGCUUCGCGGCUUGUGUGGUAUUCCGGACAAGAACACUGGCAACGACUUCACUACUAGGAACAACGUGCCGUACAACCCUACGCUCAACGCCCCUGUUGUGUUCGCUGAGUCCUGGAAGACACCGGACCAGACCAACCCCGCCUGCAGAGCCGCCGGGAGACGCAGGAGAUCCAUCAACACGGAGUCUCAAGCAACGUUCAAACAAUGCCAGCAGGACAAUGUUUCAUGGAAGAGAAUGUUGGCACUGUGCCAGCAGACUGUUGGUGGGGCAAAAUCCAAUGGCCAGGGUGCCUCUGGGGAGCUCAGCCAGGUGCUUGUGGAUUCGUGCGCCUUUGACCUGUGCAUGAUCAGCAAAGGCUCUCCAGACCCGGAGAAGGACACUGAGAAGUGGCUGGGUGAGGUGAAGGUCAUGGCUCAGGAGCGAGUCUUCAUUGAGACUAUGGUUGCGGAGUGUGACCGGGAGAAGGGUCAGUGUGAGGACCUGCCUAAGGAGGUCGUAACGAUACCCAACCCCUGUACGAAUCCCAUCGACUUGAUCUUUAAUCCGGGAUGUUUGGGACUGAAGCCAAUUCGGCACUUCCUCCACAAUUAAAACCACCACUUCUUCCUGGUGAGGUUCCAUGAGUGUCCACGUCUAACUUCGUCAUUAUUUCACUUUUAAACUGGAAGAAUUACCUGUCAUGAAUUUUUGUUUUCACAUUGUCAGCCAUAUAAGACUUA